CUCCGUGGAGGAGCAGCCAGGAAUGACGUCCACCCCUCGUCCAGCAUCCGAGUAGGAACUUCAGAGGAAGGAAUGCAGCUUCAUAAAUAGCAAACCACAGGCUCUAAUGGGGAGCAGAGGCAAACCUGCAGGUCCAGGACUCGCUGCAGGAGCAGCUCCUCCGCCCACCCUGCCCCGAGAUCCCAAGAUGAUUCCAGCCCUGGCCGUUGUUUUCCUCCUCUGCCUCUCCUGCCCUUUCUCCUCCUGUCAGCAGAGAAGGAUAGAUCCCACGAGGCACUUUGAAAGGAAAGAACCCGCCUUCAGCAGGAAACCCCUCAGUGCCCUGGCAGCAGGAGGUGAAGUUGGGCCAGAAAUGCUGGAAGAGAUGAGAGAAACCAACCGUGUGCUGAUGGAGGUUCGGGAGCUGUUGAAGCAGCAGAUCAAGGAGAUCACAUUCCUGAAGAACACGGUCAUGGAGUGCGACGCCUGCGGGAUGCGCCCGGAGGUGACAGGCCCCGUCAUCACCGUCACACAGUUCAACAGGUGCCUCCCAAAUCCCUGUUUCCCGGGAGUGCCCUGCACCGAGACCGGCUCCGGCUUCCGCUGCGGGCCCUGUCCCCCUGGAUAUUCUGGGAAUGGGACCCACUGCACCGACAUCAACGAGUGCAACGCAAACCCCUGCUUCCCGAAAGUCCAGUGCAUUAACACCAACCCCGGCUUCCGCUGCGACCCCUGCCCGCCCGGCUUCACCGGGCAGCUGCUCCAGGGGGUGGGACUGGCCUAUGCCAGGGCCAACAAACAGGUUUGCACUGACAUCAACGAGUGUGAGACCGGGGCUGCCACCAACUGUGUCCCAAAUUCCAUCUGCAUCAACACCCGGGGAUCCUACAAGUGUGGGGCCUGCAAGCCGGGCUUUGUGGGGGACCAGGUGAGCGGCUGCCGGAGCCAGAGCCCGACGGGGCGACGCUGCCCCAACGGGGAGAUCAGCCCCUGCCACGAGAAGGCCGAGUGCAUCGUGGAGAGGGACGGCUCCCUGUCCUGCCAGUGCCUCGUGGGGUGGGCAGGGAACGGCUACGUGUGCGGGAAGGACACGGACAUCGACGGCGUCCCCGACGAGAAGCAGCGCUGCUCCGACAAGAAAUGCCGCAAGGACAACUGCGUGACCGUCCCCAACUCCGGGCAGGAGGACGCGGACAGGGACGGGAUCGGAGACGCCUGCGACGACGAUGCCGACGGAGACGGGAUUCCAAACGGCGAGGACAACUGCGUGUACACCCGGAACACGGACCAGCGCAACGCCGACAAGGACAACUUCGGGGACGCCUGUGACAACUGUCGGCAGGUGAAGAACAACGACCAGAAGGACAUCGACGGCGACGGGAAGGGCGACGAGUGCGACGACGACAUGGACGGGGACGGGAUCAAAAACACAGUGGACAACUGCAGGAGAGUUCCUAACCCUGACCAAAGGGAUGGGGACAGGGAUGGUGUGGGAGAUGCCUGUGACAGCUGCCCAACCCUCAGCAACCCAGACCAGAAAGACACUGACCAUGACCUGGUGGGAGAUGUCUGUGACACCAACCAGGACAGCGACGGGGACGGCCACCAGGAUUCCCGGGAUAACUGCCCCACAGUGCCCAACAGCUCCCAGGUGGACACGGACGGUGACGGGGUGGGGGACGAGUGUGACGAUGAUGAUGAUGACGACGGGAUCCCAGACGUGAAACCCCCGGGCCCCGACAACUGCAGGCUGGUCCCCAACCCCGGCCAGGAGGACUCGGAUGGGGACGGCGUGGGGAACGUGUGCGAGGACGACUUCGACAGGGACAUGGUGAUCGACAGGAUCGACGUGUGCCCCGAGAACGCCGAGGUGACCCUGACGGACUUCAGGGCCUUCCAGACCGUGGUGUUGGACCCCGAGGGGGAUGCACAGAUUGACCCCAACUGGAUCGUCCUCAACCAGGGCAUGGAGAUUGUCCAGACCAUGAACAGCGAUCCUGGCCUGGCUGUAGGUUACACAGCAUUCAACGGGGUGGACUUUGAGGGCACGUUCCACGUCAACACGGCCACGGACGACGACUACGCCGGGUUCAUCUUUGGGUACCAGGACAGCUCCAGCUUCUACGUGGUCAUGUGGAAGCAGAUGGAACAGACCUACUGGCAGGCAAACCCCUUCCGAGCAGUAGCAGAACCUGGGAUUCAGCUGAAGGCAGUGAAGUCCAAAACAGGCCCAGGUGAGUAUCUCCGGAAUUCCCUCUGGCACACGGGAGACACCACUGACCAGGUGAAGCUGCUCUGGAAGGACCCUCGGAAUUCCGGCUGGAAGGACAAGACUUCCUAUCGCUGGUUCCUGCAGCACCGGCCGCAGGUCGGGUACAUCAGGGCUCGUUUCUACGAGGGCCCCGAGGUCGUGGCAGACACCGGAGUCGUCCUGGACACCACCAUGCGAGGGGGACGCCUCGGGGUCUUCUGCUUCUCCCAGGAGAACAUCAUCUGGUCCAACCUGCGCUACCGCUGCAACGACACCAUCCCCGAGGACUACGAGACCUUCCGAGUCCAGCAGGACUAACAGCCCCUCCUCGAUGGAGCCAGCCCCUCCUGCUUCCCCGGACCCCGCUCCCGCUCUGGAAUUCCGUAGGAAGAACCGUCAGCACGUCCUGCUGCGCCCUCACAGCACCUCCAGCACCUCUCCCUCGACAGCAACUCCCUUUUCAUGCUACAAGAACCCUCUGGGAAGGGCAGAGGGCAGACAGUGAGUGUGGCCCAGAAGCCUGAGCUGCUGCAGAUCCCACUGGGAAAAGGUCUGCUGGAAGCCCCCCCUGCAGCAGCCGGGAUUGUUGGAGUGAGUUUAGCGUGGAUGAUCCCCAGGAAUGUUUUUCCCCACUCCAAGUGUGAAUGAAUGUUUGUUCUCCUUUUCAAGACCUGCUGCAAAGCCAAGCCAGUGCCAGCGUGAGGAGGACACGGGGAGCAGCCUCGGUGCAAAGUUGCUCGUUAAAAAUAAUUAAAAAAACAACAAAAAAAAGGCACUUUAAGGAGAGUAUCUUUGUUCUGGGAUGUUGGAUAAUAAAUAACUAGAUUCCUCCUUG